GUCCAGUGUCGAUCAAUGACAAGGAAAAGCCAAUGAAAAAGGGCAGAGCCUUAGAACUAAAUCACUUGCUUACAUAAAAGCAGAAUCUUGCACUCGUGGUGGUGGUGAGUCGAAGGGGAAAGACUCUAGCUCGAUCAUCAGUUGCGUGAGGAGAAGAUCGAUGAACCGCACGGCCCUGGACGACGUGAUCCGGCGUCUCCUUGAGGCACGGCGGCCGCGUCAAGGGAAGCAAGCGCAGCAGGUGCAGCUCACGGAGGGGGAGAUCCGGCAGCUCUGCGCCGCCUCCAAGGACGUCUUCAUGCGCCAGCCCAACCUCCUGGAGCUCGAUGCCCCCAUCAAGAUCGCCGGUGACAUCCAUGGGCAGUACCCCGACCUGCUCCGCCUCUUCGACCUCUGCGGCUACCCGCCGCGGCACAGCUACCUGUUCAUGGGCGACUACGUGGAUCGCGGCAAGCAGAGCAUCGAGACAAUCUGCCUCCUGCUCGCCUACAAGAUCCGGUACCCGGAGCACUUGUUCCUCCUCCGGGGCAACCACGAGUGCGCCUCCAUCAACCGCGUCUACGGCUUCUACGACGAGUGCAAGCGCCGCUACUCCGUCCGCCUCUGGCGCAACUUCUCCGACUGCUUCACCUGCCUCCCCGCCGCCGCCGUCGUCGACGCGCGCAUCCUCUGCAUGCACGGCGGCCUCUCCCCGGACCUCCGCCACCUCCAGGACAUCGCCCGCCUGCCCAGGCCCGUGGACGUGCCCGACUCCGGCCUCCUGUGCGACCUGCUCUGGUCCGAUCCUUCCUCCUCCGGCCACGGUGGGUGGGGGCCCAACGACCGGGGCGUGUCCUACACCUUCGGGGCGGACGUGGUCGAGGCGUUCGUGGAGAGGCACGACCUGGACCUCGUGUGCCGGGCGCACCAGGUGGUGGAGGAUGGCUACGAGUUCUUCUCCGGGAGGAGGAUGGUCACCGUCUUCUCCGCGCCCAACUACUGCGGCGAGUUCGACAACGCCGGCGCCGUCAUGUGCGUCGACGACGACCUCACAUGCUCCUUUCAGAUACUCAAGCCCACGGAUACCAAGAACCGCCGCUUCUCCUUCGGCUUCGGAUCAUCAACAACCGCCCCCUCCAAUAACCGAGGGAUCCGAUCACCGUGGUGCUAAUUAACAUGCUUAACAAUAUAUGACCCAAACAAAUAGUGUACUACGGAGUACAAUAAAACCCUCUUUGAUUUUUGUCAGUUUUGUAUGAAUUUCUUGGAUGGUGUUAUUAUUAGCCCUUUUUAAAAGGAAAAUGCUGUGUUACAGCUUUCAGCCUUUAACAAUAGGAAAAGGAAAAAAGUGUGUAGAAGUAUCGUCUUUUCUUAGGGGCAUGAGUCGUUCUUUUCUACGGUUUUGCUUGAUCUCAGCUAGUGGAGAAACUAUUCAGUUGAGUCCUCCGUCAUCAAAUUUGUAUUGUGAUUCACGCAUUUGAGUUGCAAGUUUUGCAACCGAGAUCUUUUCAGUUGUAAGUUGAGUUUCAACUGAUUUUUUCAA